GGUUCCCGCGAACAGUUCUUCGUCUUCGCGAUGGGUCUCGACAAACGUACAAUCAAGAUCAUCGCGAUAGUAGUCGCCGUACUGCUAGUAAUUGGUAUCAUAGUCGGAAUUCUGCUUGCUGUGUUCCUGCCGUACCGUUAUGUUGAGCUGCAAGUUUUCCCGCGCUCCGAGGAGUACAAUUACUACGAGCCACUCAUCCGGUUCCGGGCGAGUGACCCUGGUAGCUGGCACGUCUGGUACAAGCGCAUCAACGAGUUCCUCCGUGACUACGAGACCACAGUGCCGGAUGACCCGCCUCGCGCGCCCUGCUCCACCCACCGGCACGACCAGCGGCUGCCGGUGCCCAGCUGUGAACGAGCACUCAACAUGUGGGCUCCGUGUAAUGCUGACAACUUCUACGGCUACGCUGCUGGCAAACCCUGCGUCUUCCUGAGACUUCAUCACAUUCACUAUUGGGUGCCUGAGCCAUACAACGUGACAAGACCAGUAGAUAUCCCACCUGACAUGCCCAAUGAAAUCAGAAAAUUUAUGCAACAACGUCCGGCCCACCACUACGGUGACUACGUGUGGGUCUCCUGUCAUGGAGAGUUCAACACGGACGAGGAGAACAUUGGUCCGAUCCAGUACAUCCCUGCAAACGUGCCGCCCGGCUUCCCCACCAGCCGGCUGCACACCGCAGACAGGAUCCCCUACGCCACACGCAACCUGCCAGACCAGGUGCCCGGACCUCUGGUGGGGGUGUUCUUUGAGAACCCAAGACGCGGCGUCGUCAUUAAUGUGGAGUGUCGGAUUUGGACCAGAGAUAUCGUGUACAACCCUUCCAACCGAGUUGGACGCACGCGAUUCGAACUCUACGUCGAAUAAAAUACAAAUUAUUUACUAAUUAGGCUUGUUAUGUUAACAGCUAAGGGUUAAUUCGCACUAGUGAUGUAUUGUGGAUGUAUAUGCAAUGAAAGAAGAGCGAAAGGUUGGUCAAUAUCAUAUUCAUCGCCCAAUAAAAUACUUAGGGCUAUUUUUCACCGGGACACCACAGUGGCGCGACUGGUUGUGUGUGUCUGUAAGGUACCAAAUUAGACACCAUACAGACACCAGAGUCAAGACGCAUCCGAGCUGGUUGCGCCACCAAAUUGGUUGCUCAACCAAAAGGACACCAGGUGAGUAACUCUCUAUAGAGCUGUGUAAUAUCGAACAUUAUCAAAAAUAUAUUGAGAUCCAACAGUCAAAAUGUUUAAAGAAAAGCCCUCUAUUGCAGGACAAUAUACCACAUAUUGUAUUUUGUUGGUAGCGGCGACUGGCUGCGCCACCGUGGUGUCCCGAUGGAAUAUAGCCCUAAUAAGCUUAUGUUUGUUCCUGGUGUUUACAUUAUGAUUACUAGAGUUUCUAUAAAAUUCGCUAAUGUGCCUAACACAUAACUUUAUCAACAAUAUAUUGAAAAAUUUUAUUUGUGGUUUUUACUUAUGGCUUAUACUAUUUAUUUUUCAGUGUUCUUAUUGUAAAGUUAAUAGAAAUUUCAAGAUGCGGAUGAGACUUAACAAUUAAUAUCAGAAUUAAUUACAGUUAAAACAAAUUAUUCAACGGAUGAAAGUGAGUAUGUGGAUGAGUGCGAGAUGUCUGUAUUUGUCUGUUUUAUAAUAAUUUAGAAUAAAAAAUUAUGAUUAUUAGUUCCAUGUGAAGUACCUGGCUACACAAAUUAUAUGAAAAUAUAUAAGUAUUGGUUUAUUUAUGUGCUGACCGUACACGUACACACACACAGAAAUGCAAAAUCGUGUCAACAGUAAUUUAUCUGUGCAUACUGUAACUCGGGUGUAUUUGCCAUACAAUAAUUAAUUAAGCCUAUUUGUAUGGAAGUUUCUCCCCUUGAAUAUAAUUGUUUAACAGUAUUAAAAGAAUAUUAUUACAAAAUUACAAAAUUACACUGGUCCCUGACAUACUACAAAGGGAUCAAAAGAUUUCCCAUUACGUUUUGAUAUAUAGAUUACGUCAGAAACUAAAUCUGUUAUAAAGAUACAAUGUAUUACUUAAGAUUUAUAUAUAAUUAAAUUAUAUAAUAAUA